AAAUGCAGCAUUUCCAUGAAGAUGGCUUCAUCAGAAGAUGUGAAUGAAGUGAUGGCACACAUUGGAACGUGCCUCAGGAAAAUAUUCCCUGGUCUGUCUCCAGUGAGAAUCAUGAAAAAAGUAACUAUGGAGCCCUCAGAAAGACUGGCUAAUCUCCAGGCGCUGUGGGAUAGCCAGACUGUAACAGAACUGGGACCUUGUGGGGGAUUUUCACAAAUGUAUGCAUGUGUUUGUGACUGGCUUGGAUUUCCAUAUAGGGAAGAGGUACAGUGGGAUGUGGAUACAAUCUAUCUGACCCAAGAUACCAGGGAGUUGAAUUUGCAAGACUUCAGCCAUCUUGACCACAGAGACUUAAUACCUAUAGUUGCUGCCCUGGAAUACAAUCAGUGGUUUACAAAGCUGUCCUCUAAGGAUCUGAAAUUAUCCACUGAUGUCUGUGAGCAGAUCCUGAGAGUGGUGAGUAGAUCCAAUCGAUUGGAAGAAUUGGUAUUAGAGAAUGCCGGGCUUAGAACAGAUUUUGCACAGAAACUGGCCAAUGCCCUAGCCCAUAAUCCCAACUCAGGACUUCAUACAAUUAACCUUGCUAGCAACCCUCUUGAGGACAGAGGUGUGUCCUCUCUAAGUAUCCAGUUUGCCAAACUCCCGAAGGGACUGAAACAUUUAAAUUUAUCUAAAACCUCAUUGUCACCUAAAGGGGUGAAUAGCCUUUCCCAGUCACUGAGUGCCAACCAGCUGAUUGCUAACACUCUCACCUACCUUGACCUCUCAGGGAAUGCUCUCCGGGGUGAUGAUCUCGCCAGCCUGUAUAAUUUUUUGGCCCAGCCAAAUGCCAUUGUUCAUCUGGAUUUAUCCAACACGGAGUGCGCACUAGACAUGGUGUGUGGAGCUCUCCUCCGCGGAUGCCUUCAGCACCUAGCUGUCCUCAGCCUGUCCAGGACAGUUUUUUCUCACAGGAAAGGAAAAGAAGUUCCCCCGUCUUUCAAACAGUUUUUCAGCAGUUCACUUGCUUUGAUGCAAAUCAGUUUUUCGGGGACUAAACUCUCUCCUGAGCCUCUAAAAGCACUCUUAUUAGGCCUGGCUUGUAAUCCGAACCUGAAAGAGGUGUCUUUAGAUCUCAGUAGCUGUGAGUUGAGAUCUGGAGGUGCACAAGUUCUGGAAGGGUGCAUAGCAGAAAUACACAAUAUCACCAGCCUAGACAUUUCAGACAAUGGCCUAGAAUCUGAUCUCUCGACACUUGUAAUCUGGCUUAGUAAAAAUCGAUCAAUAAGACACUUGGCGUUGGGCAAAAAUUUUAACAACAUGAAAUCCAAAAAUCUUACUCCUGUACUGGAUAAUUUAGUACAGAUGAUUCAAGAUGAGGAUUCACCUUUGCAGUCACUAUCCCUGGCAGAUUCCAAGCUGAAGACUGAGCUUACCAUAAUUAUCAAUGCAUUGGGCAGCAAUACUUCUCUUACAAAAGUGGAUAUUAGUGGAAACGGAAUGGGAGACAUGGGGGCAAAGAUGCUAGCAAAAGCCCUACAGAUAAACACCAAGCUCAGAACUGUAAUAUGCGAUAAGAAUAAUAUCACCGCACAGGGCUUCCAGGACAUAGCAGUGGCAUUGGAAAAGAAUUAUACUUUAAGGUUCAUGCCAAUACCUAUGAAUGAUGCUUCUCAAGCACUUAAAACAAACCCUGAAAAAACAGAAGAGGCGCUGCAAAAGAUAGAAAACUACUUGCUUCGUAAUCAUGAGACCAGAAAAUACCUACAGGAGCAGGCAUACAGGUUGCAGCAGGGCAUCGUCACCAGCACCACACAACAGAUGAUUGACAGAAUAUGUGUUAAAGUGCAAGAUCAUCUCAACUCCUUAAGAAAUUGUGGUGUGGAUGCAGUACAGGAAGACCUGAAAUCUGCAGAAAGGCUUAUGCGGGAUGCUAAGAACUCCAAAACACUAUUACCAAAUCUGUACCAUCUCGGUGGAGCUUCUUGGGCGGGAGUGAAUGGCUCAUUAUCCAAUCCGAUACAGGAGACACUGGAAUCCAUGGCUGGGGAAGUCACGAGGGUUGUGGAUGAACAACUUAAGGCGCUGCUUGAGUCUAUGGUGGACGCAGCUGAGAAUCUUUGCCCGAAUGUGAUAAAGAAGACCCACAUUCGGCAAGACCUGAUUGAGGCCAGCACCGAGAAGAUUUCCAUUCCACGUACCUUUGUUAAAAAUGUGCUCUUGGAGCAGUCUGGAAUUGAUAUCCUCAAUAAAAUUAGUGAAGUGAAGCUGACUGUGGCCUCUUUCCUAUCUGACCGAAUUGUGGAUGAAAUCCUGGAUGCACUUUCACAUUGUCAUCAUAAACUGGCUGACCAUUUGACCAGACGUGGUAAGCCACUUCCAAAUCAGGAGUCACUGGAGAUUGAAUUAGCUGAAGAGAAACCAACUAAGCGCUCCACCAUCACAGUAGAGGAUUUGACUGAGAUAGAACGUUUGGAGGAUCUAGACACUUGUAUGAUGACUCCUAAGUCUAAAAGGAAAAGCAUCCACAGUAGAAUGCUCCGGCCUGUAUCUAGGGCUUUUGAAAUGGAAUUUGACCUGGAUAAAGCACUGGAAGAAGUACCUAUCCAUAUAGAAGACCCACCAUUCCUUUCCAGCAGACCGGAUAAACGAACUUCUGGAUUCAUCUCAGAGCUGCCAUCCGAGGAAGGGAGAAAACUGGAGCACUUUACAAAAUUAAGGCCUAAAAGGAAUAAAAAACAACAGCCCAGCCAAGCAUCAGUGUGUGGGGCAACACCUCAGGAAGGAGAACAGAAUGGCCUCAUGGGUAGAGUGGAUGAAGGUGUUGAUGAAUUUUUCACCAAGAAAGUGACAAAAAUGGAUUCAAAGAGAUCGUCAAUGAAACGUUCAGACACCAAUGAGUCCAGUGAAGUGGGUGAUGAAAGGAAAAAAAGAGAUUCUCGGAAAAGUGGGUUUCUCAACUUAAUCAAAUCUCGAUCCAAAUCUGAACGUCCUCAGACUGUAUUGGUGGCAGAAGAGCCCUCGUCACCCAAGGGUGCUGUCAAAAGUCCAGCUGUGGACACUACUAAGAAGGAGCUAAAAUCAGCUGAACAGAACGGCAGCACAGAGCGAGCCGAGGAACUAAAAACACCAGACUCUCUAGAGGAGAUACAACCAGAGGAUGCUGCAAGAGCGGAGAGGGGUGACAACAAGGGCAGCCCACAGGGAGGGCGUAGGUAUGGGGUGCAAGUGAUGGGCAGUGGACUCCUAGCAGAAAUGAAAGCCAAGCAGGAAAGGAGAGCAGCUUCUUCACAGAAGAGACUCGGGAACGAAGUGGCUCCCAGGGAUUCUCACGAUACCACAGUGAGCUCUGAACGGCUGGAUGGCAGUGGUACAGUGCCUAAACUCCACCAGACCCUCCCAGAGAAUCGUUUUGCCUUGAGUAAAGGUGACUCUGUCAUGGCGUCCUUGGAAAAAAAUCCAAAAACUGAACCAAAGGCUGAAGCUGGUGCAAGGGCUAGAUGUUCUUCCAAUACGCCCACGAGUCCAAAACCCCCAGUGCAGUCAAAGCCCAGCCCGACGGGACGUCCCACAGUUCCACAGAAGCCACGCUCUGCCUCUCGCAACGAGGACAUCCCAGAGUCUCCAUCAGGCCCUGGUUCCCCUAAAGUUGCUCUGCUUCCACCUGUGCUAAAGAAAGUUCCUUCUGAGAAAGAAAAAGAUGGUCAAAGCAGCCCCCAGCCCGCUAUCAGAUCAUUUUCUCAAGACGCUCCAAAAAGAAGCCCCGGACACCAGACCCAUGAAUACCAAGAACUAAAACAGAGGUCCUUAAGUAAAGAUGGCCAGCAGGGAAGCAAGUCCAGUGACUCUGGAGAAGAAGCAGAUAAAGAAUUUAUUUUUGUUUAG